GUAACCGAGGUUGUCGAAGAGACCGUCGUCGUUACCUCAGCCACUGCUCCAGAACAAAAAAAGAAAAAGAAAUCAGUGAAAGAGGUGAAGAGGAGUAAAACUAAAAAGGACGAAAACCAAAACGACAUACCUGACAGUCGACCAAAGUUCUUGUGCGUUCCUUUGGGCCGGCCAAGCUUAUUGAGAAAAGGCCGAAAGGCUUCUUACACAUUUUCAAGUGAAGACUUGAGAAAAGAAACUCAAGAAAUUGAAGUUAAGAAGACCAAUAUCUUUACGUUUUUCUUCGAUACAAAUACAAUCAGCAAGAAUGAAAAACAACGCCAAAGAAGACUAUCGAACGUUCUCGCUGACAACGAACUAUUCGCGUCAGAUGAUCUACCGGUGUGUCACCGGUCUUCAAAUCGGAUUUAGCUUAUUUUCAUUCAUCAUUGUCUGUGUUGCUCUCCCAAUUAUGUACAAUCAUGUCCAGAAUACUAUUACCUAUGUCGACAGAGAAAUGGCUUAUUGCGAAAGAUCAAACGACGAGGCUGCACUUGAACUUCAAUACGGCAAGAUGAGAAUGACUGGAAACCGUACCGCUCGUGGUGCCUAUGGUAGCGGAGCUUCACAUGGCUUCAGACCAACAGCCUAUGGAGAUGAAAUCACUGGAGCUCCACUUGAAACUGAAUGUCCAGGAUGUUGCAUUCCAGGACCACCAGGUCCACGUGGAUCAUCUGGAACACCAGGAAAACCUGGACUUCCAGGAAACGCUGGAAAGCCAGGAAUGCCAGGAACUACUCCAAAUCAAACAUGCCCACUCAACCAAGUUCGUGAGCCACCACCGUGCCGUCCAUGUCCAAAGGGACCACCAGGAAUCAAGGGAUGGCCAGGAUUCCCAGGAGAUGUUGGGCCACCAGGACCACCAGGACUUAAGGGAAUUGAUGGUGAAGACGGAGCACCAGGAGAGACUGGACCAACUGGACCACCAGGAUACAGAGGAGGACCAGGAGCUCCUGGAGAUAAGGGACCAACUCCAGAAGGUGACUUGAAGGAGGGACCACCAGGAGACGAAGGACCACCAGGACCAAUUGGAGCUCCAGGAAUGCCUGGAUUACCAGGAAGAAACGGAUUGACCGGAGGACAAGGAGAACGAGGAUGGCCGGGAGUUUCUGGAGAAUCUGGUGAGCCAGGAUAUCCAGGACCAGAAGGACCAAUGGGAGGACAAGGACCACCAGGAGAGCCAGGAGUCUGUGUCUGUCAAAACGUUGAUAGUAUUCUUUUGAUCAAUCCAGGACCACAGCCACGCAUUCGUGCCGAUGACUACAACAGUGAUGACGGAUAUGGUGGAAGUCGUGGAGGAGGAGAUCGUGCCGGAUACCAAGGUUACGGUAGAAAGUAGUCAUUCGACUUUCAGAUAUUCUUCUAUCAAUUAACAUUAAAAAGACCUCGAUGACUUCUCAUUCAAAAUGCGUGUACAUUGUUCAUUUGUUUGUUUCCCAAAUACAUUCCCACUUGCUUUUAGUAAUGUUUUUGACUGUUUGAUUCUCGUAGUUAUUCUCAUGAUGACAUGGUUCUUUAAUAAUAAUAAUAAUAAUAAAGAUACAUUAAUAAUUU